UCCAAUAGUCGAAUGGGGGACUCUCUUCGCUCGUUACGUACAACAAUUGCAUAGAAUUAUAAAUAAACGAACGACAGGUACAAUAUUGUAUCUAGUGAAUUAUUCGGCGUCGAAAUGGAUUCAUCGAUCGUCAAUAUCACUGGUUAACCCCUAUUUUUGGCAUUUAGUGGAUAAGUUUUAUCGACAACGAUAACAUUAGAAAACAAUGUCCCUGUGAUUUUAAAAAUAAUAUCAAAGAUCUGAACGUAGAGAAGUUUUUUUACAAAAACCUAGGAAUGGCGAACCAAUUAGGAAUAUUGGUGCAAUUAUUUCUCAUAUUGCUCAACACAAAAUAUGUUUUUUUGGCGUCACCACAUCCAAAAUUGCUCGUCGUGUCAUAUGACGGAUUCAGAUACGACUACUUCAAUAAAAAUAUUACACCUUUCAUGGUCCAGAUGAAAGAAGAGUGGACGGAUGUAGAGUACAUGACGAGUGUGUUCGUGACAAAAACAAUCCCAAAUCACCACACUAUUGCCACCGGAUUUUAUGCUGAAACCCAUGGAGUGCUGGAGACUGCUCUUCUGGGCCCCGAAGGUUACCUCAACCUCUCCCAGGAAUUGUUCACUUAUAAUAAGAAUAUUCUACCUAUUUGGACUAUCAAUGCACUCGAUGGCGAGGAUAGGUACAGUGGCACGAUGAUGUGGCCUGGAGGUGAAUACAAAUAUCGGGGGAUGGUCGUACCUAGUCAUGUCGUGCCGUUCAACAUGGCGAUGCCCUGGAAGGUCCGAGCAGACAAAGUGAUAUCCUGGUUUCUCGAUGAAAAAAAUCCAGUAAACUUUGCAGCACUAUACAUCGAGGAACCCGAUUUCCACGCCCAUGGUCUAGGCACUCAGCACCCAAAAGUCAAGGACUUAUUGCGAAAACUCGACGACUUCACUAAAUACCUCCACACUAAAUUAGAAGAACACAAUCUCCAUGACGUGAAUGUAAUCCACUUGAGUGAUCAUGGCAUGGCUGAUGUUACCAUGUCUAAAAUAGUAAAUAUUACGGAAUUGGUGGGCAAAGAUGAGUACGAGGCUGUCACCACUACCUCUACGAUGUUCAUAAUGCCUCACGAAGGCAAGGAACACAACGUUUAUAAUAAAUUCAAAGCAGCAGCUAAUAAAACUGGGGCCUUUGAAGUCUGGUGGAAGUAUGAAAUACCAGAAAGGUAUCAUUAUGGGAGCAAUAGCAGGAUGAGCUCAAUAUUCGUUGUUGCGAAGGUUGGGUAUGCAUUUGAGGGGCUCUAUGAUAGUUUUCCUUUUUAUCAGUCUGCAUUCAACAUUACAAUCACCAAUGCAUCGGUAUUUGGAGUACAUGGCUACGAUAAUGAGGAUCGUAGAAUACGGCCAAUGUUUUUCGCCAAAGGCCCAGCAUUCUUAUCACAUUGCAAACUAGAGCCCUUCCACAAUAUCGAUUUACUGUCACUCUUUUGCAAUAUUCUUCAUAUUUCCGAAUGUCCCAGCACUAAUGGGACUCUGGAGGUUUUUAAACCUUGCCUCAAAGAAUAUGAGGAUCCAUCAAAAGACAAGAGUGUCUAUGCAGCGCUAAUCAGUAUGAUAAUAGUCAUCUGUAUCGUCGUCUUGGGAACCCUCUAUUAUCUCAGAAGAAGCCGAGAACAACGAUAUUGGCAUGCAUACAAGAGACCAAACUAUGAAGGGUCUGCAUAAAAUUUGAAGCGAGCAAAUACUUGACGACGCCAAAAUGGAACAGUUGUGGGACGAUCAUCAGGACGUGGAAACGAUGUGAUAGUAGAUGAGUUAAGUUAGGAAAAGAAAAAGGUGGAUGAUUGAAGUUGAGUCCAAAAAACUUGUAGAGUAUUUCUCAAUAUGUUAUUGGAAGAUAUAACCACUUGAAUUUUCCUACAACAUAACUGGUUUUCAAAACACUCAGAAUCGGUUACUAAAAAUUUUGGCCCCAUCUUCACUUUCUUUGCCCCACAAAACAUCUUCAAUCCUCCAAAAUUUCCUCUUAUUCUUCGAACUUAAUUUCCCAUUUAUCUUAAUUUUAUUGAUUAAACU